AUGAUUACAGUGAGCAGUGACGUGGCAGCGGCGAGAACGUUCGGAGUGGGAGGACUGCAGCCUGGCGAACGCUACGAGAUCAGAGUUACUGCUUACAACUCUGCAGGAGCAACGCCAGCACUCUACACCGUCACCACCGCUGCUCUGUAUUCUGCAGGCAGCGUGCUUGGCCAGGCAGACGAAGGUCGACGGUGGGUGGGAGGAGUGGAUGGCCGAAGACGCACUUGGGGAGGCUUGGGCGACCACCGCAUCCUAGUGCCCUUUGUUGUAUCAACAGUGGCCUUGUGCCUCAUUGCGGCCACCUUAGUCAUUUACUUCAAUAAAAGGAGAUCGGUUGCAGAAGCAGGCGAUGCCACGCAGAAGUCGAGCCGAAGAAACUCCACAAAAGACGUCUUAACGACGCCGAUGGCGGCCGUCAAAACCCCGCGCUCGCCUUUCCCCCACAAUGAUCAUGAAGCCCCGGGAGACGACAUCUACCACUACGCAUCAGCCAGCUACCAGUUCGGCAGGUUAAGCCCUCCUCCUGUCGCCGACGAUCCUACAGCGGCGACCGCCUCUCAUCCUGACAGAAGAUUCCUGCCGCCACGCCCCUUGCAGCAGGCUGAAGGUGAUCCUUACUGCAAGGACCUGCAAGUGCACGCGCAUGGUGAACAAUUCUUCAGACAACACGAGAGCGGCGAGGGUUUCGCGGGCGUUGUCUACCAACCGCCUUCAUUGCAUGGUGUCUCUGAUGCCAGCUUGUACCGAAGUGGAUCGUACGAAGAACUUUCCGGAAACGUGAUACUAACAGCGGACUACGGUCAGACGGCUGAUCGAACUACUGUUGCUUAUAACACGAUAUAA